AUGAGAACCAACGCACUGUUGACCAGUGUGGCUAUAUGGACUUCUGCACUCGCUCAACAAGAGACAGUUCGGUACCAAGACCCCGAAACAGGAAUCACAUUUGCGUCCAUUACGCACGCAAACGGCGCAUCCUACAGAGUUGCAUUGCCCAUUAACUCUACUAGUUCUGACGCAGUUCUUCAGAUUGUAGCACCAAAGGAAUUUCAAUGGUGCGGUCUGGCUUGGGGUGGCCACAUGACUAACAAUCCGCUGUCUGUGUCCUGGACCACAGGUGCUACCAGUGGGCAGAAAGCAAUCGUGAGCAAUCGCAUGGCAUAUUCCUACUAUGCUGUGCCUCAGCAAUACGACGGGGCAGAGCAUACCUAUCUCAAAGGGACUACGUCGAAUGACACGCACUGGCAGGUCACUGCCCGAUGCCAGGGAUGCACUCGAUGGAGUAGUGCUGAUGGCGACAUUGACAUUACGACAGUGAGCGAGACAGUCUUUGCCUACGCUUGCUCCAGCUAUGCUCCGGACACGCCGAAUAGCAAUACAAGCCAGUUCAACAUUCACGAGCAAUUUGGUAUCUGGAAUCAUAAUCUGGACCUAGGGAGGAGCGAGAGUUUCGGUGACUGGAUACGAAACAAUCCUUACGAGGCUUCUGUUGAAGUAUAG